CCUACCCUCUGCAGAUGGGCUUCCCCUACAGAGCUGCUAGAAAAGGCCGGGCAGUGUGGUUUGCAUGAUGUGCUAGUUUUCCUUUCAGAGUGACAGCUUCAGCGACUUCCCCCAAAAGAUCCUUUUCUAUACCGGACUCAGCACUCCGGAAUUUGGCAUGCUGUCCUUUAUAGCUCACCUAACUCCUCCAUUCCACUUCAGUUCAACUUGUAGGAACAGAUGACGGCUUUGCAUCGUGCAGCCAGAGCAAAGUGAAGCUAUCAAGUGGGUCCAUAACUCUGUACUGUUUCCUUUGCAAGAAAACAACAACAGUGGUGCAGUCCAAACUCAGGCUUCUGAGUGUCCCGAGGACAGAUUUUCCUAGCAGAGUUUUCAACAGGAGGACCUAUGUUCAGACUAAGAGCUGGAAGAAAAUCAACAUUUUUAUAUUACAAUUUGAAUAAUUCUUACUUUCAGCAAGUAAGCAUUCGGAGGGGCAUGUGCUCUUCAUGACAGUGAGAACUGCAAAGGGUGGGUUGCUCUUCCUUGCUGCAUUUGAUAGAGAGCAUCACCUUUCUGGUAUUCUGCAGAAUUUAAUAAAACUCGUGAUGUCUUCCAGAAGUAAUCAGCAGCCUCACAAUCGGAAUAAACCCGCAUUCAGUGAAAAGCAGACCAUUGAACUAGUAGAAAGGAUCUUUGGAUUAAAAGUAGCCGAGCUGAAGCCCCUCCCCAGUUAUGAUGAUCAGAACUUUCAUGUGCGUGUGCCUAAGUUGGAAGGAACUGGAGAUUAUGCAGAGGAGUAUGUUGUGAAAAUCAUCAAUGGUGAAGACAGCCAGAAUCCUGGCCUCAUUGAGGUGCAGACGGAGAUCAUGAUGUUUUUGAAUAAAGAGGGAUUUCCUGUGCCUGCCCCUCGGUCCACUAAAGGGGGUGAAAUAAUGUUCCUGGAAUCAGUAGACGCUGACUCCAGCACCCAAGGGUACUUGGUGAGGCUGCUGACCUACCUGCCGGGAAAGACGGUGGCGACGAUCCCAAUGAGUCCUCCUGUUCUGUAUGAGAUCGGGCAGCUGGCUGCCAAGCUGGAUCAGACCAUUGCAGAGAAAUUCCGACAUCCAUUGAUAGGAUGUCUGCAUCGAGGUGAAUUCAUCUGGAAUCUGGCCAACGUUCCUCUUCUGGAGCGCUACAUUUAUGCCCUGGGCCAGAGCGAAUAUCUGGAAGUGGUGAAGCAAAUUAUUGAGCAGUUCAAAGCGAGAAUCGUGCCAAAGCUAAGCACCUUCCGACCAUGUAUCAAUCAUGGUGACCUCAAUGACCACAAUAUCUUAUUAGAUACCGAUUCUGUUUCCUCUCCAAGCUCACAUUAUAGAGUCUCUGGUAUUUUGGACUUUAGCGAUAUGAGCUAUGGCUGUUAUGUGUUUGAAGUCGCAAUAACCAUCAUGUAUAUGAUGAUUGAAAGCAAGGAUCCUCUCCGUGCUGGAGGACAUAUUCUGGCAGGAUUUGAAAGCAUCGUCCCGCUGAUGACAGAAGAGCGAGAUGCCCUGUUUCUCCUCGUGUGUGGACGGUUCGCUCAGUCGCUUGUGAUGGCUGCACACACCACACUCCUGCAUCCUGAGAAUGAAGAGUACUUAAUGAUCACAGCCAGAACUGGGUGGAAACACUUAAUGAAACUCUUUGAAAUGGGCCAGGAAGCAGUUGAGAAGAUCUGGUUUGAGACAGCAGGAACCUAUACCUGAGAUGACCCUCCAGCAUCUCCUAUUCCAUAGUUACAGAACUCAGAACUUACAACAGGACUCGGAAAAAAUUUAAAUUCCAAAUGUUAUGACAAGGAAAGGCAAAUACUUAAACCUGAAUAAAUGAUGCUAAUUUGUCAAUAUUGUUGUUCGGGAAUUUGUGGGUAUUGUUAGAUGCUUCUCCAAAACAGUGAGAAGUUCCAGGUGAAUUUAUGUGUUUUUAGUUUUCUUUUUGAUGAGAGGGAACUAGAUUCUGAACCUGAAUAAAUGAUGCUAAUUUGUCAAUAUUGUUGUUCGGGAAUUUGUGGGUAUUGUUAGAUGCUUCCCCAAAACAGUGAGAAGUUCCAGGUGAAUUUAUGUGUGUUUAGUUUUCUUUUUGAUGAGAGGGAACUAGAUUCUGAACCUGAAUAAAUGAUGCUAAUUUGUCAA